AUCUGUGUGACAAGAAGAGGGCAGUAUACUAUCUCAGGAUUAUGCCGCGGAGCUCCGAGGUCAGCAACCCCAGAGAAGGGGCAAGUGUUGCGUCAGUCAUGUUCUUUUGGUGGAUGAAUGACCUGAUGAGCCUGGGUAGGAAGCGACCGCUAACUGAUGAGGAUUCCCCUCCACUCCUUGAGGAUUACAAAGCCGAGUUGCUCGUGAAAAAGGCUGAAAAAUACUGGUUCGAUGAAUUAAAGCGCACUCAAUCCUCAAACAAGAAACCACAGUUAUGGAAAACAUUGUCCAGAUUAAUUCCGUGGGAAUCUGCUCUUAAGAUGAUAAUUUUAAGAAUUCUAUGGGCUUUAAGUUUUUCCUUUUUACCCGUAUGCCUUUGGCUAUUGUUAAAGACGUUAAAUGAUGGACCAAAUCUGGACAUUAAGGUGGCGUUCUUCUAUGUUGCCCUAUUGACGAUAUCAAGUAUGACAAAAGCGACUUCGACACAGCAUUACGAUUACCUGACCGAACUUUGGGGACUAAGGCUGAAGGUGGCAUUGAUAGGUCUUGUUUAUAAAAAGAUGCUUUCGCUAAAUCGUUACAGCCUGGAGGCUACGCGUUCUGGAAACACAAUAAACCUGGUCUCGAAUGACGUUCAAAAAAUAGAGAAGUCGUUAAACCAGCUGGGCAUGGUGUUCUCCGCGCCGAUGGAACUCUCAAUCAGCUUGGGUAUCCUAUGGUAUUUUAUUGGCUGGGAGGCUUUGAUUGGAGCAACAGUGUUUUUCGUCUUAGUAGCGUUCCAAAUUUUGUUGGCAAGAAAAGCUGCCGAUCUUAGAAAGAAAGCAGCUACUUUCACCGAUGAACGGCUCAUGGUGAUGAAUGAAAUCAUCGCUGGAAUACGAGCAGUUAAGAUGUUCGCUUGGGAAUGGAAUUUCAUUGAUGUCGUUCGUGAACUCCGCAAGAAGGAGAUGGCAGUUAUCCGAAAGAAGGGCCUCAUCGUUUGCUUCCUGAUUGUUCUAUUAUUUACAACGCUUCCAAUUGCAGCUUUGAUUUCAGUAACAGCGCUGGUUUUAACAGGAACCAUUUUGUCAUCUUUUACAAUAUUCACGCUACUCCUUGGAUUAGUGACGAUUAAGUUUGCGUUCUGUAACAGCUUGAGUCUCUCUGUGUACAUUGUCGCAGAUGCUAAAGUAGCUCUUAAUAGGAUACAGACAUUUCUCGAAGAAAAGCUGCCAGGGCUCGAAAUAGGUGGAAGAUUCCAUGGUGAGACUCAGCCUCGGACAAGACUGUUAGAUAUCGACGAUAACCAUUCCAAGGUUGAAGAAAAGAUGGAGAAAGGCCUUCCAAUGACAAACUGCAAUGGACGAGAGGACUUUUCCAUAGAAAUUUCCUCAGAAUUUGAAGGUAGCUCAAUGACAAAGGGGCCAGACAAUCCAAAAGAUGACCUGCGUUCAGGAUAUCCCUUUCUCUCGAUAUCCAACGUGUGUUGUUCUUGGGACCACUACUGUUCCAACGAGGCCUUAACUUUGUGCGAUAUAACACUCAAUGUACGUGCUGGUGAAUUGUUGGCAAUUACUGGUCCCGUGGGGAGUGGAAAGUCCUCGGUGUUAUCAGCAAUUUUGGGGGAACUACCCAUUCGUGGAGGCACCAUAACAUAUCACGGGAAAGUUGCCUUUGUCCCUCAAUUACCGUGGGUAUUUUCUGGGUCUGUGAGAGAGAACAUUUUGUUUGGAUUGCCAUUUGACGAGGAGAAGUUUCUGAAUGUAGUAGACGUUUGCGGUUUGUCCAAAGACUUAUCUGACUUCGCCAGAGGAGAUCUCACAAACGUUGGGCAACGUGGAGUGUCCCUUAGCGGAGGUCAGAAAGCUCGAGUAAGUUUAGCUCGUGCAGUGUAUUCAAAUGCUGAUAUUUAUUUGCUUGAUGAUCCUCUUAGUGCACUAGACACCAAAGUAGGAAGAACACUCUUCGAGAGCUGUAUAGUCGAUAAUCUAUCGGGCUGUAUUCGAAUCCUGGUCACUCAUCAGCUACAAUAUCUGAGAGACGUUGAUUGUAUUGUUGUGAUGAAAAACGGUUCAAUUAAUCAUCAGGGCACGUACAUUGACCUUAAAGAAAAGGGAUUACUUUCAGAAAUUCUCGAUUUAUCAGAUCAAUUUGAAGAGAGGUCAAAGCAGAUAUUGAAGAUAAGUGUGGACGGGGGAGACAUAAAUAAUGGAAAUCAAUCAGGUACGUUGGUUUCCGACUCAGAGCGUUGUGAAAUGCAACUGCACGAGGGUGACCUGAUUUCCACAAGCAGCGUUGCAAAGGUGAAAGUCGGAUGUGGCCAGAGUUCUCAGGCUCAGUUUUCGGCAAACAUGUGUAAAGUUCAACGCUUACACGGCAACCAAGCUUUUGACCUGAAGGAAGAGGAGGAAGGAAAGAGAACUGGCACUGUGACCUGGCGACUUUAUUGGAAGUAUUUUAAGGAAGGACUCUCAGUGCCUUUGAUAAUGCAUGUGGCAGUUGCUCUUAUCUUAUCGCAAGUUUGCCUCCUGGCUCCAAACUGGUGGUUAGCUAGAAUUUCAGAGAUGUCGCCUACCCAACAAAAAGGAACAGACACUCAAGCAAUCCACGCCAGUUUAGUGGGAAUUUCCAUGGUAGUCAUGACAGCAUCGUGUGUUUCCUUUUAUUUUCUCCUUCUGAAAGCAGCAGAAAAUCUUCACAACAAAAUGGCCAUGACGAUCGUCAAAGCUCCUGUGUUGUUUUAUGACACAAACCCUGGGGGUCGCAUCCUAAAUCGCUUUUCAAAGGAUGUUGGCACCAUCGAUGAUGUAUUACCGAUACGGUUUCUAGAAUCGGUUACAAUGUGUCUUUUCUCGCUCCUGUCCUUUUUAGUUCCUGCUGUGACAAAUUACUGGCUCUUCUUAGCUCUUCUUCCUAUCUUAAGCAUAUUUAUGUACUAUGCACGUUAUUAUUUAGCUUCCUCCAGAGAGCUGAAGAGAAUCGAAGCCAUCAAAUGUAGCCCAGUGUAUUCACACUUUACGGAAACUAUCCACGGACUGGAGAUAAUCCAUAUCUCAAAUAAGAACAAAGCCUUUUUAGAGAGGCUUGAAAGGUAUCAGGAUGAGAAUACGCAAGCUUUUUUUAUGGUGGUGUCGUGUAAUCGGUGGUUGGGAAUUCGCCUUGAUUUGUUGUCGAGUGCAUUCGCAACGACUGUUGCAGUGGCUGCCAUUUUGAUUGCAGAGAAUCCAGCCUUUGCUGGACUCGCGUUGAUGUACGCACUGGAAACUCUGGACCGGACGCAAUAUGGUGUGCGAAUGGCUACAGAAGUCGAAAACUUGAUGACUUCCGUUGAACGUGCAAUGGUGUAUUCUGAAUUAGACUCUGAGCCUGGUUAUAGCACUGAUAUCUAUCCUUCAGAGUCCUGGCCCGGCGAAGGAAGCUUUGCCAUCGAAAAUCUAUCUUUGGCGUACUUUGAAGGUGGACCUCAAAUCUUAAGAGACAUCAACGUUCGGAUCUCUAAUAAGGAAAAGGUCGGAGUUGUGGGUCGCACAGGCGCUGGAAAGUCUUCCCUGGUUUCAGCUUUUUUCCGCAUGCCAGAUCCCCUUGGAAAGGUACUGAUUGAUGGAGUUGACAUAGCAUCAGUUAACCUACAGCAGGCCCGUAGGUGUAUGGCUGUUAUUACACAAGAUCCUGUACUAUUUGGAGGCUCAUUAAGAAGGAACAUGGACCCCUUUUCAAAACAUACCGAUCAAGAAUUAUGGGCAGCUCUAGAAGCUGUGCAACUAAGGACCCUUGUAGAAGGUCUCCCAAAGCAGCUUGAAUUCAAAAUUAAGGAAUCUGGGACAAAUCUUAGCGUUGGUGAAAGGCAACUUAUCUGUUUGGCUCGUGCUCUGGUCCAGAAGAGCAAAAUCAUCGUCAUGGAUGAAGCCACUGCUAAUGUGGAUUUCAGGACUGACCGUCUGAUCCAGCAAGUUAUUCGCCACAAGUUUAAAGACUCCACUGUACUAACCAUUGCUCAUCGUCUGAACACCAUUAUGGAUUAUGACAAGGUGCUGGUUCUUGACGACGGGCAAGUAGUGGAGUUUGACAAACCCGAGGUGUUAAUGAGAAGUGGUGGAUUGUUCGCUGAAAUGGUGAAAAGCCAAACCCACAUGGAGAAUCGUCGAACAUAACAUCGAUCGAGACUUUGCUAAGUCAAUGUGUCGUGUUCAUGGGUAAGACGCGUAACUUUCACAGCGCCUCUCUCCAUCCGGGAGUACAAUCGGUACCGCCGACUUGUCAGGGAAGCCUGAUGAUAGACUGAAGGGUAUUCUUGCGAUAGAAUGGCAUCCCUAUCCCUGCUGGGGGGGAAGUUGUACUAAUCCUAGUCGCUUCAUGCUAUGGCUCGACUACGUGUUGGGUUUAACCUUGAACUGCGUCAUUUCUUGUCCUAGCUUUACUUCAGUCAUCGAUAGCGCUGGCAGACACUCUUAAAGCAGUGGACAUUGUCAAUGGCGAUCCCCUCAGGCUUGGUUGAAAUUUGAACUUCUGGAUUUUACAGGGAACCCUUUAGUCAUUACGUAGACAUUGGAUGGUAGUAUAGUACAAAUAAGGACUGGCAAUGGAAAUGAACCUCAAAAACAGUUGGAUUCAAACGUAAAUAUAUUUAUUAGCUAUAGAUUUCUCUGCUUGUAGUUAUACCCUGAAUGGUUAAUAUUCCAUCAGUCAAGUCACGCGACAGAAAUUUGGACAUGCGUAAAUUGGAUGGAAUCGGAUGAAGAA